AAAGACAACAGGAGACUGUUGAUAUUGCAUAUCCGAACGAGCCCUUUGACAUUCACUUGCUUCCCAGAAUCCAUUGCGGUACUCCACAUUAGUGUGUGUCAAAAACCAAGAUGGCGCUCCAUCGGCUGUUCCAGCUGUCCUCCAUGCUGCGCUCCGCCAUCGGCGUGACGCUGCGCCGGAACAUCGGCCUCUCCGCCGUCGUCUUCAACAAAGCCAAGGACCUGGACCCCAUCCAGAAGCUCUUCCUGGACAAGAUCCGCGACUACAGCAGCAAGAGCAAGACUGCUGGUGGGAUCGUGGAAGGAGGUCAAGAUUAUCAGAAGAACCUCUCUGAGGAGGUGUCCAAGCUGCAGAGGUUAUAUGGAGGAGGAGACCUCAACAAGUUUCCUGACUUUAAGUUCACGGAGCCGAAAUUCGAUGAAGGAGCAAAGUAGAAAUGUUGUAAAAUGUGUAAAUGUCACAUGUGUUUAAUAAAGAGUUGGGUUACCUGA